CUGCGACAGAAAUCACACCGAAGCUAGCACUAGACACUACUAUGCUCGGACUCGCGCUGGAAUCUUGGCCUCGAAUACUUCCCGUCCUGCCGGAUGGCUGAAAGAGCCCAGCGCACCCUGCCAUACGGUCAUUUUGGUCGCGCAGCAUAUUCUCUAGAUGAUUCAGAAUGGCACUUUGAGCGGUCCUUCGCGGCGCCUCUAUCAAUCAAGCCUCUUGGCGAUCCUAAGCAGGUCUGCCCUCCAGAUGCGCAAUUCCAGCCUGAGCAGAUUCGCAAAGAGCCUCCAGCACUUCGCCAGCGAAGGCAAAUCAAACAUCUCGUGGCCCGCAUACCUGAGCUUCAGCCGGCCGCAAGACUGUUACCAGAACUACUGCGAGUCUCCGAAGCCACACAGACUGCGUUAUCGAACCAUGAUGCGACUCGAGCAGGCCUUAUCACGACAACCAACAUCCGCUCUGAGCUGCACCAUAGAUGGAUUCAGAUAGCUGCUUUACCAGCUGGUAGCACUCGAUCUGACUUGCGUUUGGUAAGGGUGCAGAAGCAGCGUCGGGGCUGGGCCGAACGGGAGAUGUGCUGGAUCAACGUGCCUACGCUCUACGGCGAAGAGGUCGUGUGGAAAGGUAUGGAAGGCCCAAUUCAGCAAGUCCUGUUCGCACAGCCUUUAGAUCGCUGCGAAGCGCUACUUGGCGUCCGGUUUCUCACAAAAACAAUGAUAUUCCGCCCAAGGCACGGCUUCUCUACGGAGAACGUCGACGCUGCAUCUGCUCUCCAGCCAAACUUGUUGUAUAAUAUCGAUAUGAGUUCUACUGGAGGUAGUGUGCAUGUGGACAUUGCCUUCAAUCCUUGGUUCUCUCAACAAAUUGCCAUCGUCGAUCAGGAUGGUUCGUUGACCGUCAUGGAGUUCCAAUCACGCAAGCUUGCACGUAUUGCGCGAUCAUGGAAGGCUAAAGUGAAAAGCACUGCACUGAGUGACGGCUGGGCACGCGUCGCCUGGAUGUUCAAUCUUGAAAUCGUCGCAGUGUGCAGCCGCGAGUCGUUGGUCUUGUUCCGAAUUGCUGGAAAGACCCUGACCAUUUUGCAUACUGUCACGCCUGAAAUCGAACACGGUGCUCAAUGGAUCCUGGACUUUGCAACAAUUCCCGGCCAUCCGGACUGCUGUGUUCUCCUGACUUCGACUCAAUUGUUGGUGUACCAGGUUUCAGGUGUGGACAUGCGACAGAUCGAAGUACACACGAAGUGCACGAUUGAUCACUUCAAGAAUCCUGAGGAUAUCGGCAUGCGACUACAUGUAUGGUCGAGCCAGGAGGACAUGUUUGUCCUGUUAUAUGCAGGCAGAGGCAGCACAAAAAUUGUUUACCGCUUCGGCUUCGCCCACGAAACUCAGUAUCGCGUGCAUGAGCCCUUGGAACUGCAACUGCUCACCAACGAUCGUGCUGCUCGCAUUACGGAAAUAAAAUUCUUGUCAGCCCCUUUCACCGACAACAGGCCUCAGUCGCAUUCUGAGUCCGCGUUCCAGGGUCAGUAUUUUGUCGCUACGGUCAUGUACUCGGAUGGUUCCAUAUUCGAGCAGCUCCUGUCCUGCACAUCCACCCACCCACAUGCAGAAUUGUCUGUUCCAUCGUGGGAGUCAAAGCUAGUUGUGUCAGGCGUCAUAUCCAAACAAUCUUCAUUCAUCGACGACACUGAUAUCGGAGCCGAUGUCGCAACCAAGGCCCCGGCUUCGCGUCGCGCUCGCUCGACGGCACCUAGACGACAGCCAGAAGAGCGGACUCUCGAAUUAGGCCGAGUCGCUGGACAACUAUCUGCACUUGCGCCUAGUUUACAGCCUAUCGAACACGCUCUUGAAGGAGUCAAGUCUGCGUUUGACGUGGAAGAGAGCACCAUAAUGCCCUUGCGAACACUAGACAGUCUUAUACCUGACAAAGUCGAUACUUCAAACAUCGAUGCCUUGGCCGCGGCGUUGGACGGGGCUGAAGGAUUGCUCUCACUUCCUCGCGGGUCUCCAGAAGGACAGGACGGAGUGAUCAACACUUUGCGCAGGCUUCAAAUCGUGCGCACUGCCACGCCUCCAGUGCUGCACCUCGACAGCGAAUUUCGCGAUGGAUCACUUACAUCAGUAUACAGCACGAUCGUUGCAGGCUGGCUUGGCCCCUUGUCCGAUCAAGUAUCUGCUCGAAUCAGGCUUGCAAAGGUUGCGCUGGCGCGAAAAGUUGCGACGGAUCUGACGCUAUCAAAUCUCGUAGUGCGUGUCGACGAGAGGGAGUCUCCUACAGAUGCGCCUGUAAACCACUCGGAUGCGCGACCAACAUGGGAGUUACCUGUCCGUUCAUCGGCAUAUGACGAACCUGAAGCUGCUUCGAGUACCAUCCACUCUCCACAGUAUUCAGCGCUGCCUACCCCAUCAGCAACCGCGACUCCGUCUGUGGCCUCGAUGUCUACGGGGAUGUCGAGCCUCGCAGCACCCGAAAUAUAUCGCCUCAGCAGAUAUGUCCCGAUCACAAAGCCAUCACCAAUGCUUCUCGCUCGGCCAAUGCGGAAAAUUCUAUCUCACUGGGUGGAAGGAGAGUCGCCUGACGAUUACGACUGGCGAAGAACUUCCAAGCAUAUCAACCGCGAGGAAGAAGACGAAGAAAAGGAACAUAUGACCGAGAAAGAGCUGCGGCGCCUCCGCCGUCAUGCAGAACGACACAUUAAACGCCAACGCAAGGAGGCAGAGGCAAGCCAGGCUCAACAGCUCGCGAGUAGCCAAGCACCCGAGGUCUUGGCAGCAAGUCAACCCAACUUUUUCGCAGUUGAAAGUCAGCCUACUCCCGCAAGUCUUCAGUCUUCUGUUCCGCAUGCCAAUGCUGCUAGUCAGGUUGUGUCUGGUCGUUUUGGAGGACGGCCACCACCCAAGAAGAAACGAAAGUCGGGUUUUUGAAGCAUUUGGCAUGACGCAGGACCCUUCAAAGCACGUGCAAUCACAUGUGAGAUCUGGGGAAAGCUAAUCUGGCCAUCGAUUGUCGAUCUGCCUUGUGCCUAGGCAUUUUGGCGUGUGGAGAAAGAAGUGUUGACGACAUGAUUACAGAGGGGUGCCCGUGGUUCUGAUGGGCUGUUUGUUUACAGCGAAACGAUAUAGCAUUGGUCCCAAAGUCCCUUACUCUUCUGUAUCACGACACUUUUGUCCUCGAACAAAGUACCAUAACCACCUAGUCACCCAUACCUAUUUCCACAUUCACUCUUCUGAUUAAGAAAAAAAAUGCCUGCAGGAAAGAGCCUCAAAGAUGUCGCAAAGGAGAACCCUACCCUGAUAGGUGAUCCCGUAUCCCUGAAAGCCGAAACAUCCAACACUGAACCCACCGACCAAGACCGCGGCGCCAAAAGCACCUCAAAAUCCUCCUCAUCAUCAUCCCAAAAAUCCACUCUCGCUCCCUCCCCCACCGAAGGAGACUUGGACAGUCGCACCAACAGCUCCUCCCUCAAAAACCAAGACCUCGCAGGAACAGGCGGCAAGAGACUUCCCGAUCACAUCUCUGCAGCUCCGGCGCCCACGGAGGGGGAUUUGGAUGGUGAUGAUGCACAGCAAGGUGGAAAGAAGGGAAAGAAAUCUUUGAAAGAGUUGGCAAAGGGAAAUCCGAGUCAGUUGGGUGAUCCGGUGAGUUUGAAGGCUGAGACGUCGGAUACGGAGCCGACGGAUCAGGAUCGGGGAGCGUUGGGGGGUAGGAGGGGGUCGAAGUUGUAAAUUUCUUUUCCUUUUUUUUCUGCUUUUGUUCUGGUGUUUUGGUUUUUGAAGAACGGGAGGGAAGGGGGAGGGGAGGGGAUGUGAGUGAGGUGUGUUUUUUUUUCCUUUUGAAAGAAUGAAUUGAAAAGAACGAAUGACUUCCAAAGUUGUGUUGUGUUAUGGCGUGCCUGCUGCUUCUGCUGCUCGUGGUAUGGUC